GCAGCAGCAGCAGCAGCAGCAGCAUAUGUGUGUAGCCAAAAAGUUCUCACCCUCGUCGUGCGGUCGCUUGUAGCAGCUCCAGAACGCAGAGCCCUAACAGCAUCCUAGAAAAAAAAAAAAAUAAAUAAAUAAAAGGAAUGGCGGCGCCAGGUGACGACGAAGUCCUCGUACAAUUUAAUAUCAUGGGCGGCGACGCCAGCAUCGGCGCCAGAGCCAGCGACGGCAGCGCCAGGGAGGAAUCAAACAUCUUCGACGUCCCCAGCACCGACGCCUGGAAAGACAUCUGGAAAUCUCUGAAGAGCAACACCACUGUGCUGGCUGUGCUCGAUUUCACGGCACAGUGGUGCGGGCCGUGCCGCUUUAUCGAGCCUGCAGUCAAGGAACUGGCGGGCAAGUUCGCGAGCGUGAAGUUCUACAAGAUCGACGUCGACAAGAUGGAAGACGUGGCGACGAAGUGGAAGGUGAGGGCGAUGCCGACCUUCAUCCUAGUCAAAGGGGGGCAGGAGGUAAGCAGGGUUGUCGGCGCCAAGAAGAAUGAACUUGACAGGAAGAUCACUCAGGCCCUGCAGGCUACAAAGAACUAAGAGAUUACUAGUCUUAUUGGUGUUCGAAUUCUCUGCAGCCGCACGGUGCAGAAAUUUUCUUCGCAUUUACUGGUUAAUUUGGCACAUCUGCUAGAAGUUCGGACCGAUCUCUAUUGCCGACGGCAAUCCUCCGAUCCGCCAUCUGCAGUUGAGAUCCAACGUUCCGUCUUUCUUGUAGAUUGGUAAAAUCUGGUGCGCAGAAAAUUUCUGCUCUUGAGGCCAGAGAAUUUGCUCACCACAAAUAUAAUAAUAAUUAUGUCGUAAAGAAUCAUAUGUUACUCUGUCUCUAUCUUGUGUGUGUGGGGCUCGUCAAUAAUAAUAAUUUGUGAUGUCAUAAUAAAUGUAUACUCAUAAAUAAAUAUAUAAUAACUAUUGCACGGUUUGAGUAUGUAAA